ACAGAUCUUAAAGAUUGCUUAAAUUGUCAAUAACCCUAUUUUGACAUUUAAUGUUAAUGAUUAACAACUGUUGAAAUUUUUGGAUUAAAGGAAAAUAGAAAGUAACAAAAAUGUCACUAGAUAAUAGAAAUUGUACUGUUAACGAUAGCACUAAUAUAACCUUAGAUCCAAUAUCUCUUCAAAAUCAAUUAGUUAUUGCAAGAAAAGAAAUAAAUAAUUUACGGCAGCAACUGAAUACUCUAAAUCACGUUCAUAGAAAUGAACUAGAUCAUAUUAACAAAAAAUUGGCGGAAUGGCAGUGCACUUCAUGUAGAAUAAAUCGUAUUUCGACCCAGACUUCCUCAGAUACAGAGCGAUACGAUUUCACAACAAAAUACAUCGGUAAAAUAAUAACAAACUUUCCACAAAAAAGAGGUACUCCAAGACAACCAGGCAUCUGUAAAGAAACGACAGCUAAAAUAGUGAUUGAUAACAAUGUUUUUACAAAUCCAGAACACGCACUUGAAGGCUUGCAAGAAUAUUCUCAUAUGUGGUUAAUCUUCCAUUUUCACAAAAACGAUAACACAGCUUCAAAAGCUAAAGUUGCUCCACCUAGAUUGAAUGGAAUAAGAACUGGAGUUUUUGCUACAAGAUCUCCUCACAGACCGGCUCCUUUAGGUUUAUCUCUAGUUAAAAUUGACAGAGUCAUGGACAAUGUUAUUUACUUCAGUGGGGUGGAUAUGAUUAACGAAACUCCUGUACUAGAUAUUAAGCCUUACAUUCCACAAUAUGACAAUCCAGUUUACUUAAGUACAGUAAAUUCUACUAAUAGAAGUGAUACUAUUGAUAAUGCAGCAAGUACAUCAAGUAUAUCUGAACCCUCGCCAGAUGAAAUUGAAUCCGGAAAUGAGACAAAUAGACCUGUUAAUAAUGAAAGAAUAAUGGAUGGACAAGAAAAUGAAAGGGAACAAGUUGUAGAUGCACCAGUGGUUAAUAAUUUACGUUGUACGACAGAAGAAUUGUUUUAUACCAGAUCAAAUUCAAGAAUAGGGGAGAGGGAAGCUCCAGAUGGGGAGGAAGAAGAAUCUCCAAGAAUUUCUCAAUCUGCAGUUACCUCACAAACUGCAACUACUCCAGAAGGUCAUAUAAGAGUACCCGCUUGGAUUGACCAACCUUUAGUACCUAGAUUGACAGUAGUGUUUAGAGACAGAGCACUAGUACAGUUAAUCCAAUUAGGACCAGAGGCUGAAGAUAAGAAAACUAUAAUUUCUAAUGUUCUAAGAGAAGAUCCAAGAUCUAAAUAUUUGAGAGAACGUUGGGGUAGUCAUUGUUAUGUGUUUAGGAUAGCAGAUUUGCAUGUAUCCUGCAAAUUCAAUGAUAGUGCUCAUGUUGUUACAGUUUAUCAAAUUUUCCAGAACAAUCCUCCACAAGCAGAUGAAGAAUAGGUCAAUGUAACACUUAGAGUAGAAUUUCCAUUUGCUUUUCAUUAUUUUUGCUUCCUUGUAACUGAAAAGUAAUUUGAUUUGACACUUCAGUUUUAUUUGAAAACAUCCCCUUUUUAGAUGCUAUCCCUAAAUAAAAAUUAAGCAUUCUUCAACGAUGUUCAUUCAUCUAAAGAAAAAUAGAUAAAACUGUAGUGCUUUUCCUCCAAUUAAAGCCUGAUAUACAUAAGGUUAUGUUUUAAAGCUGGGAUUAUAACCACCGAAAACGUUUGUAAAGAAAAAUAGAAGUAAGCGUCCUAUUAUAUUACAAUUUAAACUUCCAAUGAAAUAAUAGAAAUCUAUAAAUCAAAAUUACAUAAUCAAAUGAAAUAUUACAAAAAAUACAUUUGUAGGGGAUUAUUUUUUAUUAUUCGUGCUGUACAACCGCUCCCCAUGGUAAAUGACACUGCACACAGGGGCCAAAUGCAUGAAUUCUUGGCAGAAAUUAUUUUAAAGUAUUAAACUGUUGAGAAAUGAAUUAAAAGCACCUGUCUAGUAUUAAUAAUAAUAUUUUAUGUUUUAAUUUUAAAAACAAAGUAAAUAACAAUAUGAUUAUUCUGAAUCUGAAGAAUCAUCUGAAUGUGGCGGAAGUGUCCGAAGUCUGCAAUAAUUCAAGAACUUAUCAAUAUUAUUUGCACGGUUUUGUGGUAGUUUUCGUAGACUUGUCAUUAAUGGGUCCAAAGAAAUUGAAAGACAGUUCAAAAUAUCUUCCACUUUACCACUUUAAACCAUUUAUUAACCUCAAUAUCCAACCCAGUAAUCUUUACUGCAACUUCUGGAUCGCUGAAAAAUCCCCUAGCCGUAUUCCCAUCAUUACUGCUUCUAAAACAAGAUUUUGGCUUAUUGAUCCAUCCAAUCCCAUAUCAGUUACUAUUUUCUUAUCUUCCUCUACAUGAGCUUGCCACUUCAUCAGAGGUAAUUUGUAACUAAGGUAUAACUUCAUCAAUGUUAUUGAGAUCUUUAGAAGUGAUUCCCCAUACAAAGCAUCUUAUUGUUGAUUUGGUGUCUGUUAUGGCAUUACAAAUCUUUCCAUCCACCUUUGUAAAAAUCAUAGUAAUUGUUGGAAUUUCUGGAACCGUUCCUGAUAUUCAUACUGAACACACUGUUUACACUACCACUACAACAACAUUCUCAAUUACCCUGUCUGACACGCACAAGUUAUCCUCCUCAGAGACUUCAGUAUUGAGACGCGCGUGUUGGUGUAGUGGUAGUGUAAACAGUGUGUUCAGUAUGUAUUUCGAUGUUAUUCAUGUAAUACGUCACUAGCUUUAUUUCUUCAAUUUAUUUGCGCAUUUUUUUUAAUAUCGUUUUAUGCUAAUUCUGUAGUUUCAUGUUGAAAAAUAAACUUAAUAAAACUUCUUUCUGAGCAUCCAAUAGUCGAUUGACUGUGUGAUUAAGUAAAGCCUGCAAUUUAAUCUCAGCAACAGUAUCUGUAACAGUAAUAUGUUCUUUGGGUGGGUAACACUCCUUUUUGGCAAGUUGGAUUUUUUUAUAAGAUGGAAACUUGGACUUAUCUUUUAAUCUCAUUACAUUGUAUUUAUGUCUGGUAUGUUUGGCUUCAAUGAACAUCAAUAUAGCUUCUCUUCCAGAAAGCUGUUGAUCCGAAGACCGUAAACUCAUUUGAUCAGCAAAAGUUAAUUCUUCAGAUGAUUGUUUCUGUCUCAAGUCUUCGGUUUUUUGACGUUUGAUCCGUACCGAAGCUUCGUCGAAACUUUUUCUAGGUCUACCACGAUUUUUAUCAAUACCAGAAUAAUUCUUAAAACUGAUAGAAGAAUCGAGUAAAGACUUAUUGGAAAUAAUCCUAUCCUAUCCUCUUUUCCAUAAUAUUCGCAGAUUGAGUUGUUGACAUGACAUCGCCUAAUUGCUUCAUAUGUUCAAAUAAUGAUCGCCUCGUAAUAAAAAUAUCAUCUGACCCUCAACCUACAACAAAAAAGAAAAAAUUGCUUUAGUGAAGACCCCACCCCAUUCGAGAAGCAAAAUUCCGCAGAUUUUCAUUAAUGUUGUUACAAGAACACACGAUCCACUAAUAAAUCAGACAUUAUUCAAAAACAUGUUAUGACAUGUUCAUAAGUAGAACUUUAGAUGUAAAAAAAUAUUUUUUUGUUUUAAAACCACACUCAACUAACAAUAAUUCUCAAAAAUUUUAAUUAAUCACAUCGAAUUAUAAUUUUACAUUAAUAUCGUCAAAAAACCUGUGGGGGCUAAGAACUGGUUGAACUGCAUUGGAAUUUUUGAAAUUCUAGACGUUUCAGCUCCCACUUUGAAGCCAUUAUCAAGAAAAGGGUGGGGGUAGGGUGGUCAUUCGUUCAUUGGUAAGAAGUGAUCCGAUUCCGUGGUCUCAAUCUUCCUACUGCACGCAAUGAAUCACUCCUAUUUCAUGAUUGAUUCCAAGGCCUCAAUCUGCCUACUCCUUGGAAUUUCACCGAGGAAAUAGAAAGCAUCAAGAACACUGUUGACACUAACACACUCACUGCUGUUCUUGAGCUAACUGUGGAGCUAGUCGCCUGAACCUUGUAAUUAUAGGGGACCUAUUGGCGGGUUUUGGCGCGCGUUGGAGGUAUUCUAUUGUCAGGAGGGGUAAUAAAUGCCAGCAAUCUCUGGCUAUCGUCCCUUGUGUUCAGAUAUUUUGGACGUUUCUCUAUUUCGAUAGCUUUUCAAAUAAUCCUGGACUUGGAGGAACGAGGCGAUUUGUCUGGCCAAUAUAGGAACGAAGACAAUCUGAGCAGGUGAUUUCAUACACUUCGUGGGGAUAUUUUGUCUUUGACGGAUCUGAUUAGGUUGGAGAGUUUCAGAUUGGGUUUGAAUAUUGUAUUGUGUAUCACUUCUCCCAAUGAACAAGUUCAAACGAAUGACUAGGUCAACAUUUGUAUUCACCCAAUUUUUUCUUUCAACUUCUGCAAAGAAUUCGUGCAUUUGGCCCCCUUGUGCGCCAUAUUGUUAUUAGGUACCUAUUUUCGAGUGAUUCGAAGCAUUUGAAAUUGUUUUUUAUGUUGCUUAAGCCUUGUUACCGACAACCAGAUUACAAAGGGUUGACAAUAGUUGUUGCAAACUAUUAGAAACAGAAUUACAUGUUAGAUGUGUUUACUUAUCUAUAUUUUCUUUCAAGGAUUGUACAGAUGGAAUUUUCUAUUUGUCGCACGAUAUGUUUUGUUUAUUUUACUUGAUUUUAAACACGCAGAUAUGUACGAAUUGAAUGUUUAAAUCAAUACUAAUUGAGUUGGAAUAAUGUCGUUAUUAAGUUAUAAUGUAACCUGGAACCGUUGGUGAUACUCAUACUGAACAUACUACACCAACACUCAUAAUUACGUUGUCUUACAAAGUCUUCAAGAUCAAAGAUAAACUGUAGUCACUGAAGACGAUAACUUUGUUAUCAAAAAGCGAGUCAGACAGUGUAAUUGUGAGUAGUAGUGUUGUUAAUGUAUUUUUUAAUUUAUUGAUAAAUUAUUUAUUAGUAAAAUUGUUUCAAACUGAAAUUUUUGUUUUAAAUUAUGUAACCUCAAGUGAAAGAACACAUCUCAAGUUUUCCUCACGGAAUCUGUAGGCUGCAACAGAUCAAUACCUAUCUCGAAAACAUUCUGAAGUGGAAUGGAAAAAAUCUUAUUGAGCAAAGAUGUAGGUUGUUGUGUUGAUUUGGUCCUAUCUGGACAUAAAAUAUCACCAUAACUGCAAAUUCCCCUGAUGGGUGUUGUGGUUGGAAGCAAUAUGUCCUGGAAGUCACGUAGCCGAAUUAGCUAAAAUAGCUUCACAAAAACGUGAAGCCCUCUUUAAACCAAAAAACUAUAUACUCUGCAACAGCUUCUAUUCCUCUGUAAGGCCUAGGUUCAUUCAUCUUUGUAGUAUUGCUCGUACAAUUGGGCUCCCAAGGAUACCCUGAGGAUGAUCGACUCAAUACAGGAAGAGCAAUUCGAAUUAUAGUCGAUCCAGAGUUGACCAGAAGCUUGGACAGCUUAGAUCCGACCUAACUCUGUUUUACUGAUACUCCAUGGCAGAUGCUCUUCUGAUCUAUCCAACAUAAUCGCACCUAGAGCAGUUUCUGCAAGAUCUACUCGAUGGCUUAAGAACACCAAGUUCGCCUGCAGACUUGCAGAACGUCAAUUUAUCAGGUUCCUUUUUUUGGAGAAGUAAAAGCCUGUAGAAUCAGCUACCAAGGGACGUAUUUUCUUAACACUACAACCUACAGAAGUUCAAGAUCAA